AGGAAGGAUUGAUUGUGCGUUACGUGUGCGUGGUGAACGACGGCGGUUAGUUUCGUGAGUUUUUUUUACGCCGUGCCGCGACCAUAUUUCCAUUGUGAUCGCGAAGCGAACUUGCUGGAGUAGUAGAGUCCUUACCAGAAGCGAAGGCUGGAGAACGAAUUGUUGGCGCUCUGUAGAGUGUACUGGAGAAAGAGGAGCAGAAGGAGCCGUGAAGUGGAAGUUCUGGAAGGUUGGCGACCCUGUUUCGAAGGAGCAGCGUUGUGCGCGUUGAAACAAUCAUUCGGUUGCGUGUUUUACAAGUCCUGUGGCUACUCGAUUACUCCUUGGAACAACUGGCUCCUGGGGUGUGAUAGGCGUUCUCGACGAGCGAAGGAAGUGGACGUAGUAACAGGCGGUUCUUCGAGUGUAUUGUGAGUGCUUUUCAGCUUGAAAAUCGUUUUCCAAACUGUGGGGCAGUGUGGUUUGCGUAUUGGGGAUCAAACGGUACGUCGAGACGCGCGGUCAUCGUGCGUCGCAAGUGUCGACCCAAAUCACGCAAGUGAGGAAGCUCGUUCGUCCGUCCUGGUGACCGUAGUAUCCCUGAAACCGGCUAUAGCUGGAGGAUAAUUGAAGGAUUAGAAAAAUCGAUUACGACCAGGCGCGCACGUAACGGAUUCCGCUCGAUUCGCUCCUCCUUUUCGAUUCUAGCUAUCAGUUUGUAGCAAAAGAAAAGGACAAUCGCUAUUGAAACUCACAAAGCGUUCGUGCUUCUGCUAAGGACUUGCUAAGGAAUUGGCUUUGCAGUUGCCUUCACGCAACACCCUCCCAAAAACAGACUAAUCAUGCAUACGGCAAGUAUGGCGAGGAAUCUGGCCCAGGUGCUCCUGUUAGCGGUCCUGGUGACACUGCCCUGCACCACACACGGCCGCAGCUUCGAAAAACAGACGAUGCGUAAAGGCAAAUCGGCACAGAUUGUUGCCUCCGCGCCGACAAUCACGACACCACUGAUGGAUCUCUGCUCCGAAGACAUCAACAUGAAGCUGGCUUGCCACUGUUCGCCGGAGAGUCACACCAAGGCGCAGAAAGCGUCCUGUUCCAUCUUCGAUGGUGAGCUACCGCGCAAGGACUACAACUGGUUGGCGUUCCACACGCAAACGGAACUGGAGCACCUCAAGUUUACGGUGCGCAAGUCCGGUAACCUUACCUACAUCCCGUCGGACGUGAUCAGUACGCUGGCCCGGCUGCGUACGCUCACGAUCGAGUACGGUAUCAUCGCCGACAUUUAUCCGUUCGCGUUCGGUAACCUGACGGAACUGCGGGUUAUCAAUUUGCCGAACAACCAGAUCGUGACGCUGCACGCCAAUUCGUUCGCGAACCAUCGGUCGCUUGAGGAGCUGAUGCUGGAGAAUAAUUACAUCAAGAAGAUCGACCGGGAUGCGUUCGUUAAUGUGCCGAAACUGAUCAAGCUUAAUCUGGCCAACAACAGUCUGGUUAAUUUGCACGACAAUGGGUUUGAGGAGUUGACCAAACUGGAAGAGUUGCGGCUCGAAUCGAACCGCAUCACGAUACUGGCCCGGGAGUACUUUAAGGGGCUGGAGAACCUGAAGAUCCUGAAGCUGUCGUACAACGAUGUGGAGUACGUCGGGGCGUUCGUGUUCGCUGACCUGUGGAGUUUGCAGAUGCUGUUCCUCGAUAGUAACCGAAUUCAGAAACUGGACGAACGGGCAUUCGAUGGUCUGACCAGUUUGAACUAUCUCCAUCUGGAGAACAACCGCAUCACGACGAUUGACAGCGCCACGUUCACCAGCGUGUCCGCCCUGCAGCUGCUCAACCUGAACUCGAACCACCUAUCGACGAUGACGUACGGGCACAUCGUCCCACUGAUGGACAACCUGGUCAACAGCAGCGCUCUGCUGUCCCUGCGCGAUAACCGCCUGGUCUGCGAUUGUCGGCUAUCGUGGAUGUACGAUCUGAACGAGCGGACGCGCAAUGAAGAGCUGCGCGAGAACCUGAAGUCGAUCGAGUGUAUGAUGGGGUUGCCGGCUGCCGAGGAACCGACGGUGCACUCGCCCCUGUCCAGCAUGAACGAGUUCGGCCAGCUCGAUGACGACGGUGACUACAUCGAUGAUUCGGCCAGCGAGAACGACGCGUUGGCGCACGAACAGCCGCAGAUCGUGAACGUGCUGAAGGUGGGUCGUGAAGAGCUACCCUGUCCGGAGGAACUGGCCGGACCGACCGGUGAUCCGAACCCGCGCGAAUCCAAGGGACUGUUUAAUUUGCCCUGGAACAACUCGGCAGCGGCCGGUACUCGGCACCACGGCAGUAGCUGGAUGCUCCUUAGCCUCGCGGCACUCUGCGCGGUAGUCAGUGGUACGUGCGGUUGGUGUAACGUGCGCCGGAUGCUUAGCUGUUAACUUACCAUCCUCGGCCACCCCUUUACUCACCUCUCGCGCCCGCAAGUGAGGGGUGCGAGUGUGUAGUGUCUUACGUUUGAACGGAUCCCGUUUGCUUUCCUUUUUACGCCACGUGUGCACGUCAUCCCGUCUUACGAUUAAGCACGCCCUCAACCACCCUCUCCCCCCCCCCCCCGCCCCCUCACGAAUCCGAUUCCUUUCUCUUCCCGUUCACUCUUCACCCCUUCACCUUGGCGGCGGCGCCACCAAUCGGGACUGGAGACUGGGCGUGUUUGUGUGCGUGCAUGCAUAUGUGCAUGUGUGUGAGAGUGUGUGCCUGCGUGAGUGUGUACUAUACUAGUGUGAGAGGAGCUGCGUAAAGGGAGUCCUUUUUGCCAACAAUUGAAUUCGUAGCGUUUAGCGAACACGUUUAGCGUUAAUAGUGUUACUGUGUGCUACCCCCGCCCCCCCCCCCCCCCCCCUCGGGAGUACCGAAAACGGGAUGAAGGGGAUGAAGGGAGGGCUGUACAGCGGAGCCUAGUCGAUCGAUUGGCCACCGAGUGCGUGAUGCGAGGAAGAACAGGAAGGUGGUGCGUUAGUGGUCCUUUUUGCAGAGACCAUCGGAAAGCCGGACAGUUCCUCAAACUAGAACCAGCACCCAGCCUCCCCUCUCGAUCAUUCGGGCACCCACCCAGCAGGUGCGCGGCCUGCGGUGGUGGACCUUCAAACACACCCACAACAACACACAAACUUGUAACACACACAUACAAUCACGGUAAUAUUUCAUUUCACGAGCGACAGAGAAGUGAUUCAGCGACGAAGGAAGAAACACAAUUUUAACUGUAAAAUCUGCUACUGUGUGAGCUUCGUUCUGGUAGUGGUGUGUAUGGGCCUGUGGCCAGCAAUCUUCUUUUGGCUUCCCAGUGUCCUCACGAUGGACGCUGUACGAAUGCAGGCGGGAGUAGUUGGCCACAAGCACGAGAGCAGCAGCACCAGCCUAGCGUGACGGAACGAUCUUUUAAAAAGGAAGUAAAACACUUUUUCUUUUUUUUAUAAUAAAGAAAACUAAAAAAAGUAUAACUAGAUCGUAAGAUAGAGAGAAGAGAAAAAAGGAAAAAGGAGAAGAUGAAGAAGAAGUACUACCAGAAGAUGGUGUAGCCCUUUGCAACUGAUACAACGUAAGGAUAGAAGCGAAAGAGGGGUAGUAAGCAACUUGUAAAGCAGUCGCGAAAAAAACUAUCGAAAAAAGGGAAGGGGCAACUGUAGCGAAGAACAUGUAAAACCGAAGAAGGUGAAGCGAUAUGUAUGAAAUCUAAACCAAAAGACAGUCGACAGAACUUACCGAGACAGACACUCCUUCAGACACAGAAGAGAAAGAGAGAAAAAACAACAGAACAAUCGGCAUAGGGGAGAGCAAGUAGUGUAAUGAAACUGUACACCAAUAGGAAGCAACCGAUAAGAAAAAGAGAGAGAACAAAAAGCGAAGAAACACACAUCCGCGGUGUCAGUGAAUCGCGGUUCGCGCACGCUAAACAGUGGACAGUACAGCGUGAGAGACCAGCGUGGAGGAAAGGAAGCACUGUGAAUAGGACUCGAGCUCUGAACGGUGAAGGUGAAAAUGUGAAAAGAAAACCUAGAAAUAAAAAUUUGAAAGUAAGAA